UUGGGCCGGAGGGACCUCGUUUUCGCGUUGAUAUACCACUAAGCAAGCCGUACCGAGCCGACGCAUUGUGAGACGGCUCGUGGUCAGAUCACAAAGAAGAGGUAGGUUGGGUUCACCAACAUAGUUUCAAAUUCUCGGGGCCAAGGCCAAGCCGGCGCUUCAGCAAACCUUGCGCUGGUUCGCUGUCUCGCUCGCUCAGCCGCCUCUUCCUUCUGCUUCCUCUCCGCCGCCUUCACGGCCUCAAGAUCAGGCGGGGAAUCCCUCACAGUUCGUCCCCAUCUCUGCACCGCUGCUGAAAUUCGAUCGAUUAUAUUCGAUUAAUUCCUUAGGAGGCUCUGUCCGCAAGGGAGAAAGAGACGAACGCCGGUAGCCAGAGAGAGAGCGAAGAUGUCGGUGCUGUUAGUGACGAGCUUGGGAGACCUAGUGGUGGAUUUGCACACCGAUAAGUGCCCCCUCACCUGCAAGAACUUCCUCAAGCUCUGCAAGAUCAAAUACUAUAAUGGCUGUCUGUUUCAUACCGUCCAGAAGGAUUUUACUGCUCAGACUGGUGACCCAACUGGAACUGGCAAAGGGGGCGAUUCAAUUUACAAGUUUCUUUAUGGGGAUCAAGCUCGGUUCUUUGCCGAUGAAAUUCAUCUCGAUUUAAAGCACUCUAAGAUGGGCACUGUUGCAAUGGCAAGCGCAGGAGAGAAUCUUAAUGCUUCUCAGUUCUAUUUGACUUUGCGGGAUGAUCUAGACUAUCUUGAUGGGAAGCACGCCGUAUUUGGGGACUUGGCCGAGGGACAUGAUACUUUGACAAGGAUUAAUGAAGCUUAUGUAGAUGAGAAGGGAAGGCCAUUUAAGAAUAUAAGAAUAAAGCACACGUACAUAUUGGAUGACCCUUUUGAUGACCCUCCUCAGCUGGCCGACUUGAUCCCUGAUGCUUCUCCUGAAGGAAAACCGAAAGAUGAGGUUGAUGAUGAGGUACGACUUGAAGACGAUUGGGUCCCUUUGGAUGAACAAUUGGGACCAGCUGAACUUGAGGAGGUUAUCCGUACCAAGGAUGCACACUCCAGUGCAGUUGUUCUCGAGAGUAUCGGGGACAUUCCCGAUGCUGAGAUAAAGCCUCCGGAUAAUGUGUUGUUUGUUUGUAAACUGAAUCCUGUUACUGAAGAUGAGGAUUUGCACACCAUAUUUUCCAGAUUUGGGACAGUAUUGUCGACUGAAAUCAUCCGUGACUUCAAGACUGGAGAUAGUUUAUGCUAUGCAUUCAUCGAAUUUGAGACCAAAGAGUCCUGUGAGCAGGCAUAUUUUAAGAUGGACAAUGCCUUGAUUGAUGAUCGGAGGAUCCAUGUGGACUUCAGUCAGAGCGUUGCAAAACUUUGGUCCCAAUUUCGACGAAAAGAUAAUCAGAAUAGUAAAGGAAGAGGUUGCUUCAAGUGUGGCGCUCCUGAUCACAUGGCGAGGGAUUGCACUGGAGGUCCCGGGAACCAGCAACAACCAGUGAAGUACAUUCUAAAAGACGAUAACAUUCAGCAUGGUGGAGAUGACUCCAGGUAUGAUAUGGUCUUUGAUGAGGACGCACCGGAAAGUCCGACUCGAAGAAAGAGGCACAAAGGGCAUGAUGGCAGAGAAGACAGACGAAAGACAGAUAGGAGAAGUCCAGAUACUGUUAAAGACCAAAAUGCAGAGAAAGAUUCGCGCAGUAAGUACCAACACAGCGAAAGGAGCAGACACAAAGGGGAUGAAGAUAGAGUCUCGCGUGAUAAGCAUAGGCACAGUGAUAGUAGACAGAGAGAUGAUGAAUUAAAUAGAAAGAGGGGUAGGGAUUAUCGAGCCUAUGAGCCAGAUAGAGAAAGAGGGAGGGACAGCAGGAGAGACAGGGAUGAUGGUCGAAGAGUUGACGAGGACUACAGGAGAAGCCGUGUUGAUGAUGAUGAUGAUGAUCGGCAUGCAGGUAGAAAGCAUCGCUCUAGAGAUAGGAGUGAGCGGGAUGAAGAAGAUAAUGGUCGGCACAGGAAGUAUAGUAGUAGCAAUGACAUCAGAGAUAGCGAUGGACGAGGCAGGAGGAGGGAUGAGCAGCACAGUAGAAGUCGAGGCAGAGAAAGAGAGUAGUGAUAAUGAAGAAUACAUUUGUUCUGACCAACCCCCACAGGUCCAUGAACCAAACCGGAAACAGCCAUGCCCCGUGCUAACUUUCUAACGGCGUUAAUGUUUUGGAUUCUCUUGUAUUCUUGUGAUUGGCUCUGGUCAUUUGUCGCCUGUCCUAUAUUUUCACAGCUGUGUUUGCUCUCAUGAACGAUCGGACCACGUAAGCACGAGAACCCCUGAUAUGUAGCAUAAUGAAAUUUCAAACGGAAUGAUGAGACUCCUUGUGUUCAUUACAGUUCUAUUAGAAGUGUUCUCUCUCUCUCUC